UCGAAAAGCCAGUUACUAGUUGAUAUUGAAUUGCAUGUAGUGAUAAACAUAUGUUACAGAAUUUGCAAAAAGGUUAGUGAUUUAAUAAUGGAAGCGUUAUAUCCGGAAGUACUGACUAUAUUAAAAAAUAUAGCGGUAAGCGAAGGUUUUACUGAGCCACAAAUAACCUCUAGUGGUCAAAUGGAUAAUGGUGAAGGCUUUUCAGGUAACGUUAUAUUUAUAAGCAUAACCGAUAAACAACGUACCAAAGGAUUGGAUAUUGUAGUUAAACAGUCCAAUUUAAACGAGAAUGUAAGAGAUGCUAUUCCUGUUCAUACGUUGUACAAAAAUGAGAGUUACUUUUACAACAGAAUUUGGCCCGAACUCUGUAAACUACAAAAGACGUUGCCUAAUAUUCAUCGACUUAAUAAUAUUCCUAAAUGUUUUGCUACCGAUGUACAUAAGGAUAAGGAGUGCCUUAUAAUGGAAAACCUCAUGACACAGCAGUUUGAAACAAUUGAAAAAACUGCCACUUUUAGUAAUGAAGAAGUAAAGUAUAUCUUAACAAAAUACGGAAAAUUUCACGGAUUAUCAUUUGCUUAUAAAGCUCAAUAUCCAGAUAAUUUCAACGAAUUUUGUAAAAUGUUAUCUCCUUAUUGGAAAGUUCAGGGAGAUGGAAAACUCUUUGUUUCUUGCUUGAAAGACGCCGUCAAGAAAUGUGAAAAAUAUUUUGGUUCAAGCAAAGAUUCCAAAGUUACAGAGGCUUUGGAGAAAUUUUCGAAAAACUGUGUUGACCUUUACAAGAAUUCUGUGACCUACAGGGGCAAUUAUGGAGUAAUAACUCAUGGAGAUUGUUGGAGUAAUAAUAUGAUGUUCAAAUUUGGCAAAAAUGGAAAAAUCGAAGACAUGAAAUUCAUUGAUUUUCAAGCAUCCUCAAAAGCUUCAGUUGUACAGGACUUGUCUUAUUUUUUAUACUCAGGAUGCGAUAAACAAGUCCUCGAUAAUUUAGAUGAGUAUCUGAUGGUGUAUCAUAAGAGCCUGGUUGAAACUUGUUCAAUGUUGAAUUGCAAGGAGUACAUAUCCUUUGAGGAACUUAAAAGUGAAUGGAAAGAAUACAGUUUUUUUGGUUUUAUGAUGUCGCUGAUAGUUUUUGUGGUUAAAUAUGCGAUUCCUGAAGAUAUGAAAAAAGCUGAUAUGAAUAAAUUGUGCGAGGAGUUUAAUUCUGGUAAAGAACUUGAAUAUGAAGUACGAAUUGAUGAAAAAAUGAUGGAAAUUAAGUAUAAAACAAUAUUUAAUCACAUGGUGGAAUAUAAUUUUCUGUAAAUAUUAGGUUUGUUCCAACUCGAUACAAAAUAGUUCUUAUAUAAAUAGAACGGUUACGAGUAUGCGCAGUAACGAAAAAUGUGUUACUGCACAUAAUUACCCGUUAUUGCGCAUGCGCGUAACGAUUCAAGAACGGUUUUGUAUCGUGUUGGAACAAAGCUAUUAAUAAUUGCCAAAUUUUUAUGUUUUUGUAAAUAACAAAACAUCAACUUGUACUAUAAUAUUACUAAUUAUGUAAAAAAGUAACAAUUUUUCAUUUUUUA